AUGACCUCCUCGCCUAAGGCAAGAGCCCAACAGCUGAGCGAGCAGCUGGCCGCUCCUCGAAAGGACCCUGGCACAUUCGAAGGCAUACCUCGCAUACCAACCAUCGCUGGGAACUCCAAUGGCCCCCGCGCCCAGGGCAAAGUAGUCAUCAUCACCGGCUGCAACUCUCCCCUCGGCAUCGGCCGCGCCACCGCCCAUCAGUUCGCCAACAACGGGGCAAAAGCCAUCUUCAUCUCCGACUUCGACACCACGCACCUCGAAACCCACAAGCGGGAGAUCGAGUCCCUCUACCCGGGCGUGGCCAUCCACACCAGCAAGGUCGACGCCGGAGACGAGAACGACGUCAAACGCAUCGUCGACGAAGCGCUGGAGAAGUACGGCCGACUGGAUGUCUUCUUUGCCAAUGCUGGCAUCUCGAUCACCGCGGAGAGGGUGACGGACGCGGAGGCGGGGAAGUUCAUGCAGGUUAUGAAAACGAACGCUCUAAGCGUCUUCCUAGCAGUCAAACACGGUGCCCGCGGCAUGCUUCAAACCUCCUCCUCAAAGCCCUACCCCUCCGGCUCCAUCCUCGGCACAGCCUCUUCAGCCGGUCUACGCAGCAACGCCGGCGCAACAGACUACUCCGCCUCCAAAGCAGCAGUAAUCUCCAUAAUGCAAACCUCCUCCUACCAACUCGCCGGCACGGGAAUCCGCUGCAACGCCCUCUGCCCGGGCGUCAUCGAAACCGGCAUGACGUCGCGCAUGUACGACGCCGCCCGCGCCCGCGGGACGGAGAGGAAGAUCGGGCAGCUGAAUCCGCUGAUGCGCGGGGCUGUUGCGGAUGAGGUGGCGAGGGUGGCAUUGUUUUUGGGGAGCGAUGAGGCGAGUUAUGUGAAUGGGCAGGCGAUUCCGGUUUGUGGGGGGUUGACGGCGGGGCAUCCUUUCGUGCCGGGGAAGAUGGCGUAG